AGUCACGCUCUCCUGAAACUGAAACUAUGAUUUUAUUUUACGUAUGAAUUAUGAUGAUAAUAAACAAUUCGUUCCUUUAAUUAGCUUAGCCUCUUCAAUAGCACACGCCACGCCACUUCAUACAAACACAGUACUUUGAGUUUGAGAUAACCGCAACCGCGCCAUGGCCACGGACUUUAGCUCCAUCCCCUUAAUCGAUAUUAGUCCCCUUCUAGCUAAGGCAGAUGAUCCAAAAAUGGCUGAGGACCCUGGUGUACUCGAGGUUGUUAGACAAUUGGAUAAGGCUUGUACGGAGGCAGGGUUCUUCUACGUGACAGGACAUGGUAUUCCUGAUAUUCUCCUCAAAGAGGUUAGAGAUGUAACACGCAGAUUCUUUGAACUUCCAUAUGAAGAAAAGGCAAAGAUCAAAAUGACUCCGGCUGCUGGGUUCAGAGGUUAUGAAAGGAUUGGAGAAAAUAUUACUCUAGGUGUACCUGACAUGCAUGAAGCCAUUGAUUGCUAUAGGGAAGUGACCAAGGGCAUGUAUGGAGAUCUUGGCAAAGUUAUGGAAGGAAGCAACCAGUGGCCACAAAAUCCUCCAACUUUCAAAGCUCUUAUGGAGGAGUAUAUUAGUCUCUGUACAGACCUUGCAAGGAAAAUCAUGCGUGCAAUUGCUUUAGCAUUAGGUGGAUCACCGGAUGAAUUUGAAGGUCAAAGAGCUGGGAAUCCAUUUUGGGUGAUGCGGCUCAUUGGUUACCCAGGUGUAUCAUCUGCAAAUGGAACCAAUGCUCUUAAAAAUGACAUUGGCUGCGGAGCUCACACUGAUUAUGGUUUAUUGACAUUGCUUAACCAAGAUGACGAUAUAAACGCACUUCAGGUGAGAAACCUGUCUGGCGAAUGGAUAUCAGCACCUCCGGUUCCUGGGUCAUUUGUGUGCAACAUUGGUGACAUGUUAAAGAUAUACUCCAAUGGUUUGUAUGAGUCAACUUUGCAUCGGGUGAUAAACAAGAACUCAAAAUAUAGAGUCAGCGUAGUAUAUUUUUACGAGACGAACUUCGACACUGCAGUAGAGCCAUUGGACACACAUAAAACGAGGGCAAAUGGCAACAAGAAGUUCGAAAGACCAGUUUAUGGAGAGCAUUUAAUUAGCAAGGUCCUCACAAAUUUUAUUUGAGUAACUUUGUUUUUCUUGUUAUGGUUUGUAAAUAAGUCAGCCUAUCGUCUAGCAGGCUCCUUGCUUGCUUGUCUAAAGCUGAUAAUAGUUUAAGUACAAAUCAACUAUUUGUUAUAUAUCAACGUCUUCCUUCUUUUCAAAAUUUA